GAAAAGAGAUCAGACUAAAACAACCCACAAAGAUUGAUUUUGAAAAAUGGAAAUAGCCCAAGCCUUUGAUCUUUUUCCUCUAAAUGAUGCCCACUUCCGACCUUUCUUGGGCAAAAAUGAAGAAGAUGAGACUAUGCUACUCUUAGAUGCUGCAUUUGCAGAAGAAUUGCAGUUCCAGGAGGCUUUGAAGGCCUCUCUGAUCACUUGUCAAAUGCCAACUUCUGGGACAAGUGCCAAGCCAUCGGUUCAUGUGGAAGUAAGAGGAGAAUCCUCUAUGGGUUUCUGCGAAAAUUGCCUGGGGAAAAAAGAAAAUGAUCAGCUGAUCAAGAAUGGGAACUGUCGUCACCCAAUUUGCUUGGAAUGUAUAAGCAAGCAUGUGGAGGCAAAGAUCAAAUUGGGCAUGAAGACUUUUACAUGUCCAGGCUUAAACUGUGAAUGUGUCUUACAAUUGGAGACAUUUAAGAAUGUUCUCUCGAAGGAUGUGCUCAACCUGUGGGAAAAGGCACUGUCUAGGCAGCUGGUUCCAAAACUUACUUGCAGAAAAGGAUUGUAUGCGAAGACAGGUUCAGAAAAUGGCAAUGGAAAGCAUUUCACUGCUGGAACCAGUAAAAUCCUAUCACCACCAGAGGUGAAAAAAAUUGUGCAGUUUAGUCACCACAUAGCAGGUACUAAUGAUUCUGCAGAGGCUGAUAACGAGCAGAUAGUUCCUAAAAGGAAGUAUGAGGAGACAACUUCAAGCAAUGUGCCAAAUAAAUUUCUUUUGCCGCUCAGAGAGGUUCGACCAGUGCUUCACCACAAAUAUAAUUCUCAUUCUGUAUUAUCAGUCAGCAGAGAAAACGAAGGGACCAAAUCAGCUUCUAGCAGUCUCAAGGACAUGCCUGCAAUAUUUGAUGAUAUCCCUCCUAUGGGACAAAGAUUGAAUAGGCAACAUAGUAAUGGUUCUAGUCCAUGGAAGGGUUCAGGAGAAGGCCAAGAAAAAGUUGCAGACGAUGUAGAGAAAUUUGAAACUGCUUUUUCUGGUGCUGCUACUGCUGCAGACACUGAUCAUGGUAGUGACUCUGAUACAUUGCCUGAUACUGAUGACUAUGAUUCCGAAGCAAGUCCAAGGAGCCCUGAGAGUUGCAAGAAGAGCAAGUGGUUCAAGAAAUUUCUUGAGGGAUUGGAAUAUUUGAGUGUAGAGGAGACCAAUGACCCAGCUAGACAGUGGCACUGUCCAGCAUGUCAAUAUGGUGCAGGUGCCAUCAAACAGUACUUAGGCCUGCAGAACCUGAUCAAGCAUGCCAAAACCAAAGGGUCGACAAGAGUGAGGCUCCACCAAGAGCUUGCACAACUGUUGGAAGAGAAGCUGCAUCAGGCAACUUCUGCUGCUCUAGGAGGUGAAGCAUGUGGUAAAUGGAAAGGUCUGAAAGAAGAAAAGAAGGAUCAUGAGAUAGUUUGGCCUCCUAUGGUUAUCAUUACAAAUACAUCGCACAAAAAGAACGAGUACAAUAAGUGGAUUGGUAUGACAACUCAACAGCUGCUGGACAUGUUCAGCACAGACGAUGCUGUUGUCAAGGUUCAACACUUCUACAAUUCAAAUGGACAUUGUGGGAGGAGUAUUUUGAUUUUUGAGAGCUCACUGAGGGGUUAUUUAGAAGCAGAGUUGCUGCAUAUGUAUUUUGCAGAGGAAGGAACAGGUAGAAAUGCUUGGAAUAGUCGGCCAGUCUACUUCCUACCCAGUGGGGAGCGCCAACUUUAUGGUUACAUGGCAGUGAAAGAAGAUGUGGACACCUUCAACCAGUACUAUUCGAAAGGAAAGCCUAAGCUAAAAUAUGAGAUGAGAUCCUACCAAGAAAUGGUGGUGAACAGAAUCAGGCAAAUGAGUAAAGACAACCUUCAGCUUCCCUGGUUGCAGAACAGAGUCGUUGAGCAACAAAAUCAUGCAAAAGACCUUGAAGAAUCCAAUGGCAUGUUGAAGGUGAAGCUAAACAACGUAACCAGGGAUAUGGAGAUCUUGAGACGAAAAGCCAAACAGCAGCAUGAGCAGGACACGGAAGAGAUGGAAUCUCUAGAGCAAUUUUACAAGGACCAAAUCAAAACCAUUCUUGAAGCAAGAAAAGAGAACGAUGGGGACUUUGAGAAUACACAGCAGAAGGAAGUGCAAGAAAAUGCAGAGCAAUCAAAUGCAAAUUCUUCAAACAGAAAUGAUUUCAUAAAGAACCCGGAGAAAGAAAAAGGAGGGGUGGCAGAGAGCCAUAAGCCAAUAAUACCAGAAGAGGUCGGUAGAGCUCCCAUUGCAAGGGAGGAGACAAUGUUCCCGGCAGUGAUGAGAAGGAGACUCCAACCCAUGCCAGUUCCUAGAGAUGAAAAACGCCUAGCGCACUUGGCAAAGGCAAGAGCCUCAAUUUUAAGGAGAGAGCUCAUCAUGGCAGACUAAUAAUGUCAAGUCUUAAACCAUUAGGUGUUCAACUGAUGAUUUGUGUAGUUUGCAAAUUGUAUUUGCGGUCGUGUUCUUAUUUAAAACCAAAAGAUAAUAUUAAUCUCUAUAUAAUUAUAUGUAUAUGUGAAUUUGUAUUGUGCUGCACCUGCAGUUGUAUCUCCCAAGUUUUGGAGUCCCUUCCCCCUUUUAAAGAAGCAUUGGAUUUGUUUUAA